AUUUAGAAAGGUCUCCGCGCUCCGUGAGAAUGUUCUGUCAAAUUGUAACGGACGUACAGUUCUACUUAAAAUGUAAUAUUGAAGUAACGAGAUCGGCAAGUAAUCUUUCCUAUCCUAAUGGACGAGUCUGGGUUUGUUAUUUGAUUUUCAGAGCUACUAAGUCCCAAUAUGGAGCAAGAGAUAGGCAGCAUUGUAAAUAGCUGGUACUCUGUAUGCAAGACUAGACGGAUCAAGAUGUCAGCACGCAGACUUCGCGAAGGGGAGUCUUCUACAUGCUUUCUGCUCGGAUACAAAUAGUCGUAAGUAUUGUUUCCGGGGAGAGUUCUGCAGCGUGACACUCAUCCGCUUUGGAAGGCGGGUCUUCCGGUUUGGAGUCGGCGUCUCGCACGCGCGCGGAUGGCAUUGUAGUUGUUGACUGAUGCACUCAAGUGUAUCCUUUCGAUGCAGCUGAUGUGGCACUUGAACAGUCUGACUGACCUCAUCUUACCGACCACGCUGCGAAUCCUGAAGCCGUGGUUUAAGAGAAGGGCAUCCAACACAUUUUCCCCAGUCAGCCUUUUCACCACCAGCUGUGGAGGUUCAAUGGCGAAGACCAAAUUCGAGUAUGUACGAAAAUUUGAGACUGACGACACCUGCCUAAGGAACUGCUGGAUUGUGGUUCGAUUAGAUGGGAGAAAUUUCCACAAGUUUGCAGAGGACCACAAAUUUAAAAAGCCUAAUGAUGAUCGUGCCAUCCACCUUAUGACACGGUGUGCUCAGGCUGUAAUGGAGUGUUUAGAAGACAUUGUGGUUGCUUAUGGACAAAGUGAUGAGUACAGUUUUGUUUUCAAGAAGGAGUCUAACUGGUUUAAAAGAAGAGCGAGCAAGUUCAUGACACACGUGGCUUCUCAUUUUUCUUCAAGCUAUGUUUUUUACUGGAAGGACUAUUUUCAUGACCAGGAGCUGCUUUACCCACCAGGGUUUGAUGGAAGAGUAAUUUUGUACCCAAGUGAUCAGAACCUCCGAGACUAUCUGAGCUGGAGACAGGCUGAUUGUCACGUAAAUAACCUUUACAACACUGUCUUCUGGAACCUUGUGCUAAAGGGAGGAUUAACAAACACACAGGCUGAGGAAAGACUGAGGGGCACUCUUUCAUCUGAUAAAAAUGAGAUUUUGUUUUCUGAGUUCAGCAUAAACUACAACAAUGAGCCUUUGAUGUACAGAAAAGGCACUGUGCUUGUUUGGACAAAGGAGGUUGAGACUAGAACAAAAAAUGCCAAAGGUUCAGGGGAGGAGAAGGGGAAUGACAUUGUGGUUGAGAAAAGUGUGAAGAAGGCAACACCACUGCAUUGUGACCUUAUUGGAGACAAGUUUUGGGAGGAGCACCCAGAUAUUUUAAUGGAUCACUGACAACACAAGACUUCAUUAUUUUAUUUUUUUUUUAUUCUGAGUAACCUCUUUGGCAUUCCAAAACUUCCAGCAGAGAAUAUGCAUACGGUAUCUUGAAUUGCAGGCUUCAAAUGUGUGCUUUGGACGCCAUUGUUGGAUGAUGCUGUGAAGAAAUCAAUGUCUCUGCAAAAGAUGCCGUCUUGAUAGCUGUCAGCCUUGAGAGAUUAUUUCUUGAAACCUUUCUUGCACAAUUUUACAAAUGAAUACAAUUCUUCAGACUGAACUGUUUCAAAGCUGAUUGUCACCAGUCCAGAUUUUUAUAAGCUGUCAAAAAGGUUACUUUUGAUUUUGAUCUUCUGGUGUUGAACUGAACACGGUUUGUGCUUUGCUAUUUGGGAACCACGCAAGUUAAGAUUCGUAGUGCUGCAGGGGCCAGGAGAGAGACUGGAGACCUGGGAAAAGUGGGUGAGCUCUGGAGAAGAUUACAGUUCGUCAUGAAUUAAACAAGUCUCCAGGCGUCAGUGCUGCACUAUCCUGGUGAUUGGAGUUAUUACAGUCGAUGGGGGGGAUUGGGAUUCUCCUUUAAUUAUACAACACAUUACGUUGCACUGCUGUCAGAUUUC